UUGAUAGUGAACCUUACGCCCACAUUUGCAGUUGAAUAGCAAUAUAAAGAAAACUGACGUUUUUGAGACGUAGGAAGGGUUAGAGAAAGAUGUUUCAGUCUCAUGAAAAAACUCUGAUACUGAUCCAAAAAAUGGUGAAAGUGGCUCCACCAAAAGCACUUUUGUUGUUCAAUUCCUCAACAUAUGAGGGCCUUCAUCACACUUCUCAGUCUAUCUCUUUCAUCUUAAACCAUCUCCUAUCCCAUGACAUGCUACCCCAAGCUCAAUCUCUUAUCUUGCGUCUAAUCUCUGGUCGAAUCCCUUUGCACACAUUCUCUCCCUCCUCCUUAAUACCUCAACUAACACAAGCCCAUUUCACCUCUUCUUCAACUUAUGCUCCUCUCUAUGAAACAAUUGUCAAUGCUUAUGUUCAUUCUCACUCCCCUGACCAGGCCCUCACUUUUCUACACCAGAUGAUUCACAAGGGUCAUCUUCCUACAUCAAACACCUUCAACAAUCUUCUGUGCUCGCUCAUUAGGUCAAAUUCUUUCGAUAAAGCUUGGUGGGUUUUUAACCAAUUCAAGAUUAAAGUUGUUAUGGAUGUCUACACUUUUGGGAUUAUGAUCAAGGGUUGUUGUGAGGUUGGUGACUUAAUGAAAGGGUUUCGGCUUGUGACCAUGUUGGAGGAGUUUGGUUUGUCUCCUAAUGUUGUUAUAUACACUACGUUGAUUGAUGGGUGCUGCAAGAAUGGAGAUGUUAUGCUGGCGAAGAAGUUGUUUUGCAAGAUGGAUAGGUUGGGUCUAGUUGCUAAUCAACAUACUUAUAGUGUCUUAAUGAACGGGUUUUUCAAACAAGGACUUCAAAGGGAAGGGUUUCAAAUGUAUGAGAAUAUGAAGCAAAGUGGAAUUGUGCCAAAUGUUUAUUCCUACAGCUGUGUGAUUGGAGAAUAUUGUAAUGGUGGGAUGGUGGAUAAAGCUUUUAAGGUGUUUGGUGAAAUGCGUGAGAGAGGUGUUAUAUGUGGGGUUAUGACAUAUAACAUUUUAAUUGGUGGGCUGUGUCGAGGGAAGAAGCUUGGUGAAGCAAUAAAGUUAGUUCAUCGAUUGAGCAAAGUUGGAAUCAGUCCUAACAUUGUUACAUACAAUAUACUGAUCAACGGGUUUUGUGGUGUUGGAAAAAUAGACACUGCUGUUAGAUUAUUCAGUCAAUUGAAGUCAAAUGGACUUUCACCAACUUUAGUAACCUAUAAUACUCUGAUUGCAGGGUAUUGUAAGGUUGAGAAUUUAACUGGAGCUCUUAGCUUGGUCAAGGAAAUGGAAGAGAGACGUGUUGCUCCUUCCAAAGUGACAUAUACGAUUCUGAUUGAUGCUUUUGCAAGACUAAAUCAUAUGGAAAAGGCACGCAAAAUGCAUGCUUUAAUGGAGAAGUCUGGUUUGGUUCCAGACGUACACACAUACAGUGUCUUAAUACACGGGUUAUGUAAAACUGGUAACAUGAAAGAAGCCUCAAAACUAUUCAAAUCAUUGGGGGAACUGCAUUUCGAACCAAACAAUGUUAUAUAUAAUACGAUGAUUCAUGGUUACUGCAAAGAAGGAAGCUCUUACAGGGCUUUUAGGCUACUCAAUGAAAUGGUUCACAAUGGAAUGGUUCCUAAUGUGGCCAGUUUUUGUUCAACCAUAGGGCUUCUUUGCAAUGAUGGAAAAUGGAAGGAAGCAGAGCUUCUCUUAGAAAAGAUGAUAAAUUCAGGACUAAAGCCAACGGUGUCUUUGUACAAUAUGGUUUACAAAGAAAAGAUCAACGUUUAGAAUGCCAAACAUGGUUUGGAUCGUCAUGGCCUGUCCCCGAAGGCCACUUCCUUAACUGGAUUAGUAAUGACAUAGUACUGUGUACUCUUUUAUAGCAGGCUAAACUUUCUACAUCCCGCAAAUGUAUUCAUUCAUCUUGGAAUGCAUCUUUUACAUUUAAAAGAAGUUCAUUUCAAAAUACCUGAAAAUACUCAUAAAAUUGAUAGGGCGCUGGAAGAAACACCCUUUAUAGCAUGUCAGCCAUAGCCAAAGCCCCUCAUCUUUCCAAUUAAGAAAGACCCAGCAACCGAUAUGUUCUACACCACAAUUGGCAUAGGAACUCCCCAACACAACAUGGAUCUAGCCAUUGAUCUUGGCGGAGAGAACCUCUGGCACGACUGCAGCACAAAACGCUAUAAUUCUUCCUCCAACCGUAAAGUUGUUUGUGAGUCAAAGAAAUGCCCCAAAAACGCUUCAUCCAUUGCCACUGACUGCAUUGACACUUAUAAACCAGGUUGUGCAAUCAACGAUUUUGUUAUGACAAUGAGCAACUCAUAGUGAAAUUGCACUUGAGAGAGCAAUUGGCUUCAAUAUGAGCUAGAUGAGAUGAUUGGCAGAAUUGGGGAAAGUGCAGCUGCUCUGAAGGCUUGCAAGCCUGCUGCCACGCUGGAUAAGUGAAGUCAAAGCUGUCCAUUUGGAUUAUGCUUAGCUGUCAAGCUUACCUGGACAAGCGGUCAAAGAACUCUAAGAGGCAAAUUUGAGAAGCUGGCUGACUUGUUACCUGGAAAAACUGAAGCAGAAGUACACUGUGAGGACUAAUUGCACAGGAAGCUAACUUGUUCUUGGCACUAAGCUGACCUGCUAUAGGCAGUAUCUUAGGUAGUUAGCUAUAUAAGGACUGUAAUAGAGGUGUUAGAAACGUGACACUACAGAUUUAGACACUUUUACAUUCUGCAUGUUACAGCUUUUCUUAGAGUAGAACGUUUUCUCUCAAGUUCUUUAUUUGUUUUUAUACUCACCUUAUUGACGAUCUAUAUUGGCUCUGCUCUAUUAUAGAGGCUUU